ACGACGUAGUUUCGGAUGGCAGGAGCAUUGGGAUAGAAUUGGGAUUUAAACUGGUGUCUGAAGGAGGACUGCCGAUUCAUGUAACACACCUCACGCGGGCUACACGAUUAUAGGAGCCACAUAAACUGAUUUCCUGGGAUUUUUUUUUGUGGACAAAUAUAAACUACACAACUAAUUAUUUCUAUACAUGCCAAAACUAGGAAACAUUGUGGAGGAUUCUGAGACAUUGUCGCGAAACUUUGAGGUUUCCGCCACAAUAAUUGGCUAUCGAAUGGACCAGCAUCCGAGCGCCCGGAGCUGCAGCAGUCGCGGAGCUGCGCCGUCCUGUGAGAGCGUCUCCGGUGAGCACCCCAUGAAUUUGUACAUCCACUCGACCACCGGCACACGCUUCGAGCUCUCUCUUCCCGUAGAAGAGACUGUGGAAGGGCUUAAACGAAGACUUUCUCAAAAACUGAAAGUGCCCAGAGAAAGACUCGCUCUGCUGUACAAAGAAACACGCCUGAGCUCAGGAAAACUUCAAGAUUUGGGUAUAACGGAUGGGAGCAAGUUAACAUUGGUUCCAACAGUUGAAGCAGGCCUAAUGUCUCAAGCAUCAAGACCUGAGCAGUCAGUAAUGCAGGCACUGGAAAGCUUGACGGAAACACAGGUCAGUGACUUCCUGUCUGGUCGGUCUCCUUUAACACUGGCUCUGCGAGUAGGCGAUCAUAUGAUGUUUGUCCAACUGCAGUUGGCAGCACAGCAGUCGGGUGGCGCACAGUUACAGCAUCGGCAUCUCAUUUCACGUGGAAGUUCAGAGGGCACAACAGGACACUCGCAUGGAGCUUCUAGCUCUGCCUCUGGGUCGGCCAGGGUUUCGCACAACAACAACUACCACCCAAAUCCACACCCGCAUCCUCACCAUCCCAACACCACACUCCCAUCCAACCCAACGUCCUUCCCACCAUCCUCUAUUCCCUCAGUUCAUCCUAUGUACCCCACCUCUGCCUCAGGGCAGUGUAGCCCUCCACCACACCCCUCACCACUCCCAAGCAGCUUUCUUCAUGCCCAGCAGCCAUCUUCAGCUUGUCCCACCUCUUCAAGCAAUCCCAGCCCUGUAACUUCCUGUCCAGAGGCUAACUGCCCCACAAAGACGCCCAGUAACUGUAAUACUCCCUCACGGUCCCGCAAACCUGGUGCUAUCAUUGAAAGUUUUGUGAACCAUGCUCCAGGAGUCUUUUCUGGGACAUUUUCAGGCACUUUACAUCCCAAUUGUCAGGACAGCACCGGGCGUCCCCGACGGGAUAUCGGCACCAUCCUUCAAAUCUUGAAUGAUCUCCUGAGUGCCACCCGGCAUUACCAGGGCAUGCCACCAUCGCUCACGCAGCUCCGCUACCAGACCCAGUGCAGCAGCCCCACCUCCCCUGCACCCUCACCACCUCCUUUACCCCCCAACACUCCUGGUCUAUCUGGCUUGCCCACCACAACGCCCUCUGAGACCCAGCCUACCCUCCACCCACUGGUGCAGUGCCAGAGCCAGAUCCGCAUGUGCAAGCCUCUUGGUGAUCGACUGCGUCAGACGGAGAACCGGGCCACGCGCUGCAAGGUAGAACGUCUGCAGCUGCUAAUGCAGCAGAAGCGUCUGCGCAGGAAGGCCCGACGAGACUCCCGUGCCCCGUACCACUGGCUUCCCAACCGCAAGGCUGGACGCAGUAACAGUAACAGCAGUUUGUCCAGUGAGGGCUCCCUGGACCUGGACUUUGAGGACUCUGUGUGGAAGCCUGACGUCAAGGCUGACAUGAAAUCAGAAUUCAUUAUGGCCUAAAGCAGAAGAGAUUUUCCCUCUACAUUGACGUUGGAGGUUGGCAUAUAGGAUCCGGGUUUACACUUUAGAGAGGAGACAUUUUUGAGGACCCACCCAAGGCACAUUCAAAAUCUUAUAGGCUUCUCUCCUCAUCUAUCCUGUGACCACAAAGACUUUACACAAAGGAAGUUUUACUGACUUUUACCUUACGUCCUUGAUAGACUACGGUCAUGGAAUAGACUGAAUUUUCGAAUUGUGAUGUUUGGAUUUGGAUUGAACUUAUGAAAAGACAAUUUAGACUCAAGACUGUCCAAGUAGUAAACACAUAUGAGCAUAGCAGACGUCAUCGGUGUUGGGAUUUGUUUUUCUCUUUAUUUUGUUUUUCUUUUUUCCCCAAGGGGAGCUUAGGUGGAAAUCCAUACAGGCCAACUACAGGCACGAUCAACAGACAGAAAUCAGAUACUGAUCCUUUUUUUCAUUGUUCCAAAUGGGCAUUCAUAGUUUGAGUCAUUUAUAAGGGGUUAUCUUUGUUUUUCUUCUUUCCUGUUUUUCUUGAAUCAUGAUGAUUUCUGAAACAAAUAUGUAGCAUUACCCACAAAGCAUUCAGGUUUUAUCUUGUAGAUGAGGAGGGUUCAUUUGCACACACCUGUUUUUUGAAAUAGAAAAUAUUAUACCAUAAACAUAAUCAAGAUAUGGCACAGUGCAUGUUUAGUUAUACAUGUAAAAAAAAUACAAAAAACCUUCUCAACAACAGCUCAGUGUAGAGUCAGAGUUUCAAAGUAGGAAAUUAAAACAUGAAACAAGACAACAAUAUGCUGAUGUGAAUGAAGAUGUUAUUCAAGGCCUGUAAAGUCAGUUUUUAGGUAUAUAUAAAUAACUACAUUUUAUACCUCCAGGAAAAAUGUAAACCACAGUUACUCAUUAAAGCAUCAGCCAAGCUGUGAAAUAAAUCUGAUAAAGUUAAAAAAAAGAAAUGUAUUUAAUAAUACAAAUAGACUGUUCUUCAGUCUAAAUGUGUUUAAAAGAGAGAGUGGUGGGGUGCCAGAGGAAUAGUUUACAAAUGUGCAUUUUAAUGGUUCACUCUGCCAAAGUGGAAUCUCUCCUUUUAUACAUUUGGCUUCCACAACCUGCCUUUCAAGCAUUUUAUCCCAUUAGUCACAAACUGUUACAUACCUACAAAGACUGGCUUAAAGGGUUUCGUAGUUUACGUUCCAAACCAGUAUUACUCUCUUCUGUAAAACACAAAGGGCAGAGCUUCAGUCACUAUUCACUUUCAUGGCAUCUUUUUUUCCAUACAAUGUAAGUGAAUGGUGACUGAGGCUGUAAGUCCCUAACAGUCUACCUAACAUCUCCUUUUGUGUUUAUGGAAGAAAAUAAUUAUGGAAGAGUAAUAGAUGGCAUUUAAUUGUUUUUCUAAUUAGUCAGAACUGACGUUGAACAGGCCUGUGACCACAGCAUAUCCCCCACAGCGUAUCCCCCAACUUUACAUAUUCAAUCAGGCGUUCCACAGACAGACUGUAGUGCUGCUGUAUGGAACUUUGUUUUGCAUGCGAAAGUGUGAAUUAUCCAGAUGAAUUUAUUUUGUAAAAAAUUAUUACAAUACUGAGAAACUGGUGCUGAAAAGAUAUACAAGCAUGAAUUUGUGACAAAUGAAAAAAAUGGACACUUGCCCAUCUGCUCUCCCUAAUUUGAAAUGUGAUGUUACAUAUCAGUCGCAAACCAAAACAGACUGGAAUUCUACUUGGUGUACAUUUGGAUCAUUCCUGGACUGUGGCAACAAGCUAAGGAACAAUGGAACAUUUUCUACUCCCAACAAGGGAUUUACAGAGCAAACCCAUGCACCCAUCAACCUGUCCAGAUGUGGACUAACAGGGAUGUUACGUUAGCAACCAACUUUAGCCCCUAGAGUGACUUUUGGAAAUAAACGUGAAUUCACACCAUGAUUGCACUCGCAGAGUUUGCAAUGAGAUUACCUACCUGAUGGGAACCUUGUCUUUUUUUCCUUUUUUUCUGUUCAAGUGGCCUUAACAUUCAUUCUUGAAACACUUGCAGAGCGGUGGACAACGUAGGGAUGUUUCUGUUGUUUUGUUCUUGCGUAUUUGUUUUUGAAUCUGGGCAAUUUUUUGUGUUUAGGAGGUGGAGGCUCUAUUAUGUCAAGGCUUCUGUGCCUUAAAUUGUUGCCCUUUCAGUGUGUAUGAAAAAAACCCCAGAACAAAUGAUUCUCAUUUAUGCAGGUUUUAAAGGAAUAGUUCACCCGAAAAUGAAAAUUCUUUCAUCAUUUACUCACCGUCAUGUUGUAUGGAAUAUGAGAGUGAGUAAAUGAUGACAGAAUUUACCAUUUGUGGGUGAACUAUCACAUAAAGGAGCUCUGGUAGAAUAUUGUCUUUUUAUGGUUUAAGUGUUCAGUAUUUUCUGGAAGUCGGACAAAAUGGCUUUCAGGUUCCAUCAGUGCGUUCCUUUUUUCUUUAAAUGCAUCCCUUGAACCCUACUGUCCUACAAAGAAGCUGAAAAGCAACAAAUUGAUUUGAAAAAAGUUUUCAACUGCAGUGAUACAGCAACAAAGUGCCCUAGCUCUCGAUUUGAGGCGUCCUUUAAGGACACGUGACAACAUGCACUUCCCUUCUUCUCAGAUAAAUGAUUUCAAUGUUCUCCCUACCCCAUAAAAAAAUAAAAAGUAAAAUUAUUAUUUAAUUUUUAGAACUGUAUGAAAUAUACUCUGUGUGUGCCUCACCUAUAUGUAAAACAGCAACAAACAAAAAAAUAUGAAAAAAAGCAUGGGAGAUGAUCUGCUUUUUAGGAUAGGGCAUCUAAGGAGGGUGCAGGGAGGGAGGGAGGGAGGGAAGGGGCAUUUCAAUAGUUUGUUGGAGUUCUGAUCACAUCAUUUGAGUUGCCUGUUAUUUCUUGUAGCCAAUGAAAACUGAUUACAAGAGUCGAAAGAAAAAAAAAAAACUAUUUACAAUGUUCUAGCUAUAGACCGGUGUAGCACAUGUGUGACUGUAUUAAUUUAUGAAACCAAAAUGGUAACUGUGAAUUAUGUAUUUCUUUGUGCAUUUUUUUUAAUAGGGCGGAGGGCAGAAUAGGGCUUUGCUGUGCCCUGUUUUGUUUUUUGUGGAAUAUAAUGGAAAUCAAGUAAAAAAAGGAAAAUAUCUAAAUAUAUUUUUUUCUUAAGCAAUACAUUUCAGUGUGACUUGUGAUAGGACAUUUUCUUUUUUUAGGUAAUAAAUUGAAAGAAAGAAAAAAAUCUGA